GUGUGUACGGCGCAGAGAGCUGGAGGAGAACGGCAGUGCUGGUGGUGGUAGGCGGAGUUGGUGCGCGCGUCACUCUGCAAUCCACGCGCUGCGCGCAGACGUGUCAUUGCGUGCGUGCCGAGAGCAUCCUCGCGUCUCUGCCGGCUGAUAAAGCAACGAGUUGCUGCUGCUGCUGCGACUGCCUCAUAGCACGAGCGAGCGAGCGAGCGAGCCAGGGAGCCAGAGAGCUAGCGAGCCCAUUGGACUGGACAAGCCCAGCCAGAUAGCUAAAAAUACAAGCUCAAAAUAAUCGCAUCUUUUUUUCUUUCGUUUGUUGUUGUUGUUUAAUUAAAUCAGCGUAUUGGCUAGAAGAAAGCAAAAUGUCACUUUUUGAAAAAUCUUUGCUACCACAGCCCCGGGUUUUGGCUUUGAUAUGAUAUUGUUUUGGCACGUGACUUAUUUAUUUAUAUAUAUAUAUAUUUGAUUAAUAUAUUUUUAUUUUGCGGAAUUUUCAAAUGUAGAUUAUUUCUUGUAUUUAUGUAGUUAUUAUUAUUUAGAAUUACGAUGCAUUAGGCUCAGUGGUCUUUGAGCUCACGGAUUUAAUGCGCGAUGAAAAUGAGACGUUUACAGAUGCGCCUCGGUGGACUGCUCACAUAAUACGGCGAUUAAAAUAACUAAUAAAGAACAAUAAUUAGACGAAGACAAAACGACGACGAAAACAAGUCGAGGAAAAGGAGGAGAUCAAAAUAUGAACUGCAAUCCACGUCUCGUGUCGUAUUAAGAAUAAAUGAAAUAAUUGUAACAAAAAAAUGUGGACGCAGGGAAUGCGCCAGGUCGAGUAGCUCACUAGCUGGAUGCUCCAGAGGCAAGGAGCAACUCGCGCAAGAGAGUCCGACUGCAGUUCCCUGCUGCCCGAGCCGCUCCCACCGUCCUGGACCCCCGAGAGCGAAGCGACGCGCGGCGACAGCGGCGGCAGCGGCGACAGCGGCGUGACUACGACGCCCCCUCCGCCCACGCCCGCACUCGCAUGGCUCCGCCGGCGUUCCGGCCGCGGCUGCCGCCGAUGCUGCUGCUGUCACCUCCGCUGGCGGCGGCCGUGCUGGCAUCGCUGCUGUGCCGCGCGGAGGCCGGAUCGGUGCUCGAGCCGGGUGGAAGCGGCAGCGGCGGCGGCUCGCCGGCCAACGGCACGUGCGGCGGCUCCUACAAGUGCAAGGAGGGCAUCCUGCUGCCCAUCUGGUUCCCGGAGAACCCGUCGCUGGGCGACAAGGUGGCGCGUGCCAUCGUCUACUUCGUGGCGCUCGUCUACAUGUUCCUGGGCGUGUCGAUCAUCGCCGACCGCUUCAUGGCGUCGAUCGAGGUGAUUACGUCGCAGGAGCGCGAGGUCAUCAUCCGCCGGGCCAACGGGGAGACGACUCGCGCCACGGUGCGAGUGUGGAACGAGACGGUCUCCAACCUGACGCUCAUGGCUCUCGGCUCGUCGGCGCCCGAGAUUCUGCUCUCCAUCAUUGAGGUCGUUGGCCACGAGUUCAAGGCGGGCGAGCUGGGCCCCAGCACCAUCGUGGGCAGCGCUGCCUUCAACAUGUUCGUCAUCAUCGGCCUGUGCGUGUAUGUCAUCCCCGACGGCGAGUCGCGCAAGAUCAAGCACCUGCGCGUGUUCUUCGUGACAGCCACGUGGAGCAUCUUCGCCUACAUCUGGCUCUACUUGAUCCUGGCGGUCAUCUCACCGGGCAUCGUUGAAGUGUGGGAGAGCCUCGUCACCCUCAUGUUCUUCCCCGUGUGCGUGAUGUUAGCGUGGGUCGCCGACCGCCGGCUGCUCUUCUACAAGUACAUGUACAAGAAGUACCGCACCAAGCGGCACGGCAUCAUCAUCGAGACGGAGGGCGAGCGGCCCAAGGCCGGCAUCGAGAUGGAUGGCAAGGUGAUCGGCUCGGGCGGCGGCGGCAGCGGCGGCAGCGGCGGCGGUGGAGACGACUCGACGGUGGAUGGCGGCGCGCUGGUGCUGCCCGAGUCGAACGACGCGGACGAGAGCCGCCGCGAGAUGAUUCGGAUCCUCAAGGAGCUGAAGCAGAAGUACCCCGAGAAGGACAUGGACCAGCUGGUGGAGAUGGCCAACUACCAGGCGCUGAUCCAGCAGCAGAAGAGCCGCGCCUUCUACCGCAUCCAGGCGACGCGCAUGAUGACGGGCUCUGGCAACAUCCUGAAGAAGCACGCGGCCGACCAGGCGCGCAGGGCCUCGAGCCUGCACAGCGUGUCGGUGGCCGAGCAGACGGACGAGCACACCACCAAGAUCCACUACGAGCCGUGCUCGUACAUCUGCCUGGAGAACUGCGGCUCGUGCGCGCUGAGCGUCGUGCGGCGGGACGGCGACCUCGCCAACGUCGUGUACGUCCGCUACAAGACGGAGGACGGCACGGCGAAGGCCGGCUCGGACUACGAGUACAGCGAGGGCACGCUGGUCUUCAAGGCCGGCGAGACGCAGAAGGAGAUCAACGUGGGCAUCAUCGACGACGACAUCUUUGAGGAGGACGAGCACUUCUUCGUGCGCCUCUACGACGUCCACGUGAGCCCUGCCCUCGACUCGACCUUCGAGCAGAACCACGGCGGGUUGGCGGGCGUCGGCGCGGCGGCGGCGGCGGCGUUCCCCGCCGUGCGGCUCGUGCCGCCCUACGUGGCGACGGUGACCAUCUUCGACGACGACCACGCCGGCAUCUUCACGUUCGAGGACAAGAUGGCGCACGUGAGCGAGAGCGUGGGCAUCAUGGAGGUGCGGGUGCUGCGCACGUCGGGUGCUCGCGGCACCGUCGUGGUGCCCUACAAGACGGUGGAGGGCACGGCCAAGGGCAGCGGCGAGGACUUUGAGGAUACAUACGGCGAGCUGGAGUUCCAGAACGACGAGACCAUCAAAAUAAUUGCGAUCAAAGUAAUUGACGACGAAGAGUAUGAGAAAAACAAGAACAUGUUUAUUGAGCUUGGCGAGCCGCGGAUGGUUGAGAUGAGCGAAAGAAAAGCCAUGUUACUGAAAGAGCCUGGUGAGCUAGUGAGAACAGGUGGCAUGUUCAAGGGCCACCCGCUGUACAGGAAAAUACAGAGCAGAGAGAAUAUAAUUUCUGCUGCCAUCGUGAAUUUCUCAGAGGACGGAGAGAGGAAGCCGCUGAGCGUGGAGGAGCAGGAGGCGAAGCGGAUCGCGGAGAUGGGCCGUCCCGUCCUGGGGGAGCACCCGCGCAUGGAGGUCAUCAUCGAGGAAUCGUACGAGUUCAAGAGCACGGUCGACAAGCUGAUCAAGAAGACCAACUUGGCGCUGGUGGUGGGCACGCACUCGUGGAGGGAGCAGUUCCUGGACGCGCUGACCGUCAGCGCCGGUGACGAAGACGAGGACGACGAGUCCGGCGAGGAGAAGCUGCCCUCCUGCUUCGACUACGUCAUGCACUUCCUGUCCGUCUUCUGGAAGGUCCUCUUUGCCUUCGUGCCGCCGACGGAGUACUUCAACGGCUGGGCCUGCUUCCUGGUCUCCAUCUUCAUGAUCGGCCUCCUAACCGCCUUCAUCGGCGACCUCGCCUCGCACUUCGGAUGCACCAUCGGCCUCAAGGACUCCGUCACCGCCGUGGUCUUCGUCGCGCUGGGGACGUCCGUGCCAGACACGUUCGCCAGCAAAGUGAGCGCCACCCAGGACCAGUACGCCGACGCCUCCAUCGGCAACGUGACGGGCAGCAACGGCGUCAACGUCUUCCUGGGCAUCGGCAUCGCGUGGUCCAUCGCCGCGAUCUACUGGUGGACGCAGAACGAGCCCUUUCGGGUGGAUCCGGGCACCCUCGCCUUCUCCGUCACCCUCUUCACCGUCUUCGCGUUCGUCUGCGUUGCCGUGCUCCUCUACCGACGCCGGCCGAGCGUGGGCGGCGAGCUGGGAGGUGGCCGCACGGGGAAGAUCCUCACCAGCGGCUUGUUCUUUUCGCUCUGGCUCCUGUACAUCCUCUUCUCGGGCCUCGAGGCCUACUGUCACAUCAAGGCCUUCUAGGAGAUUAAACAACAACAACAACAACAAACAGCAACAACAAAAACACCCGGCUAUUGGGAGGCCAGUUUCCCACCCAACCACGUCGACGAGCUGCGGUGGUUUCUUUUUUGGAGGGCUGGUGCGGGGGGUGGUUUGUUGUUGAUGGGGUUGGCCGAGGGGUGGGCUGCCGAAGAUGGGAUGGCGGUGGAUGGAGUUGGGCAGUUGAGCAAUAGAAGAAUGGGGGGGGGGGGGGCGCGGGGGGUUGUGAUGCGUGGAGUUGAUUUUAUCAAGAGGAUUAUUGUCACGUGUUAUUAUUGUUACGAUCACGGACCCUGGUGCCAGGAAUUGAAGUGGGGUCAACCUGUCCAGUUUCAUUCACCCACCCCCCCCCCCCACACUCUUCGUAGCACGUCACGCCUGGACCCCUCUGGCGACGUGGGAUCACCGGUGCAGUUGCACCGCCUGCACACUCGAUAGCUACGCCAACUGUUAUUCCUACUCUUACUGAUAUAAUUGAUAUAUUUUUUUUGUUUGGGCCUUAGGUCGUUUAUUUCUUUUCUGGGGUAAUGUUUAGGGUAAGAGCACAGUCCCGCUUUUGAAAAUGGAACAUGUGCGCAAAAAAACAUCAUCGCCGUACGGUGGCGAGCAAACCGCAGCCGAGGUUUGUUGCAUCUCUUUACUGGGAAGACACAUCCACACACACGGACAGACACAUCCACACACACGGACAGACACGGACAGACACAUCCACACACA